GUAGUGCGUUCGGCGUGAGGCCAGCGGCCGCUCCGUUCCCUCCUUCUCCUCCUCCCCUGGCCGGGCCCGCAGGGGAGAGUGACACUCACCAGGCGGCUCCGUCCCGGCGGCAGCCCCCCGCGUCCCCCUGCGUCCCCCUGCGCCUCUGAUAAGCAGUUUCUGAGGAGUGAAGGACCUGCAAAAGGGAACACCCGCUCUUGAGGUUGCAAAGGUGCUAAAGCAUGGCUGACUUGGAUCACAACCUCAGUCUUGCGGAUGCUCUGACAGAGCCGCCUCCUGAGAUUGAGGAAGAAGUGAAAAGGGACUUCAUUGCCACACUGGAGGCAGAGAAAUUUGAUGACGUGGUUGGAGAAACAGUAGAUAAAACAGACUACGUUCCUCUGCUGGACGAUGAUGAUGCAAAAGCUGGGAGCCAGGAACCAAAGAGCAAACCCCAUGCAGAUGGUAUUCAGGUGGAAAAUACUUCAGCUUCUGGGCCAACAGUUGUAGAAAAUGGUGACCAUGGAAUAGAAGAUCACCGCACAGUAUUCCCAGGAGAAAACAUGGAUGAAAAGCUGUCUUACAAAGAAUUUCUCGAUCGCAAUGAGUCCUGGACAAUGGAUGACAGAGAUCUGUGCUUGAAUCACAGCCAGUAUUCAAACCCAUGGAGAUGACUGAUUCCUUCAGCAUGCACAGAGGGGACAAUCUGCCUGACUUAUCAUUUCCUACUGACAUGAAGAAUGUGCCGCUGUUCACGCGACCAUGCUGACACUUCCAGAGACAUUCCAUGCACCACAUGGAUCUAUGAUGGUACCUGAACAACCUUUCCUGGGGGCCCUCUAUUCGCCUGCAGAGGCUCUAGACACAUCAGCCUUCAUUGGCGUGGAUUCAACAGCAGAAUUUCUGCAAGACAAAGCAGUGCCUGAAGAAUAUUGGAUGGGAGCUCAGCAUGAUGUGAAGGGACCAGAUGCCUCUUUCUUUGUUGAGCCACCAGUGCCUCCCACCGUGACAGAAGCAAUGAACCAGAAUUUGCCAGAAGGCCCUGUAGCAGUGGCUCCUGGUUUCCUUCCUACUGCAGUUACAACAUCCCCAGGAGAGGCCAAAGCUACUGAUGGACCAAAAGCAGACGCAGGGUGUGUUCCUCCCUCAGAUGUCAUGUCUGUUUCCACAGAAAAGGCUGGGUCUGUUCUUGAGGGAGACACCAAGCCUCCUCAAGCUCUGGAUGCUGGAUUCGCACCCACAGCAGAAGCCAACCCUUUUCAGGCUAUGGAUGUUGGGUUUGCUCCUGCACCAGAAGUCAAGCCUCCUAAUGCUGUCAGUGCAUCCGCUCCAGCGGCAGACACCAGCUUCGCCCCAGCAGAUGCUAUGUGCCAUUACACUAUGGAUUUGGAGUUUGCCCCAGCAGAAGAUGCAGGGUUUGCCCCAGCAGCAGAUGUGGGAUCUCACCAUGCUAUGGGUUUGGCAUUUGCCCCAGCAGCAGAUGUGGAAUCUCACCAUGCUAUGGAUAUGGCAUUUGCCCCAGCAGCAGAUGUGGAAUCUUGCCAUGCUAUGGAUAUGGCAUUUGCCCCGGCAGCAGAUGCGGAAUCUAACCAUGCUGUGGAUUUAGCAUUUGCCCCAGCAGCAGAUACUAAAUCUCAUCAUGCUGUGGAUUCUGAAUUUGCCCCAGGAGCAGAUGCAGAGUUUGCCCCUGCAGCAGAAGUCAACCAUCAUCAUGCUAUGGAUUCUGGGUUUGCUCCUGUAGCAGAAACGAAGCCUUUUCCUGCCGUGGAUUCUGGGUUUGGCUUUGCAGAAGCUAAGUCUGCCACUGCAGCUGACACCAAGAUUUCUGCAUCUGAAGAGCUGAUGACUUCUGAGUCUUCUCUUAAGCAAGACAAGUCACCCUUCGGCAAGCCUCCUGCAGCAACUGCAAAUGUGGAACAAGAAUUGAAAGCCCCAGAAGGCCGUGUUGACCUCUUAGAGCAAGCUAAUGUCGGCAAACCUCCUCCAGCAACCAGGAAGAGCAUCUUCUGGAGCAGACGAACCAUCUUUCAGACCAGCAGUUCCAGUAGAAGCAAAAGAAGCUGUUGAACUAGAAAAUAAAGACCUCCUUCCAGAAAAAUCUGUUACUGCUGUGGAUGUUACUGUUAGAGAGAAACAAAAGGAGGAGGCAGAACACAACCAUGUCCAACAUGCAGAAUCUCAGCAAGAAAAAACCCUGCAGGAGCCCACAGGUCUACCUACUGCACAAAUAAGGCAAGCUAACAAAUCGAGUGAACGCAGGUUUGGCAGAGCAAAACCUGCACCAGUGCCUAUUACAGAUGUACCAGAGGAACGUCUAAUAGGUCUUCCACAACAGAAGAGCACUGACCCAAAAGUAGACCCUUGUUCCGUAGUGGAACUUGGAUGUGUGGCUGGAACAUCCCCUCGCACUAGGGUUUCACAUAAAAAGGCAACUGAGCAGCCAUCCAGUGUGCUCUCGGAGUUUGUGGAAGGCUGCAGAGAUCUACCAAGGGAGAGCUGGGAUUUGGAAGGCUCUCUGGCCAUUGUGAAGAAGAAGAAAAAGAAACCAAAACAAAAGAGAAACCAGCUGCCAAGAACAAUGGAGUUCUGGGAUGAAAAUGGAACAGUCUCAAAAGGUCCUAGAAAUUCUCCAUUUGCUGUUGAAUUGCAAAAGCCAGAUGUCUGUCCUGUAAUGCCUGCUGAAGCUCGCACAGAGCAGUCAAUUGCCUCAGGAAACAGAGCUUCGGAUAUGCCAAAGGAUGCUAAAAAAAUAACUGGAAGUCAUAUCCUGGAUGAGCAAAAUGCCUUUUUGGUGCCAGCACCAGGACAGCAGGCCCCAAAACCCAGUGCAGCGUUAGAAUUGGUGUUGGAUGCAAAAAAUAGAGAGGUCAUGAAAACAGAAGAAAUGAGAGAUGACAGUUUGAUGUUGCAGUCUAAAGGCAAAAGAAAAGAGGUUCCCUUGGAACAGCUAGAGAAGACUAAGGUGGGGGAAUCUGUUACAGCAAAGGGGCCAACCAAGCCCGUGGAAAGAGAUUUCUUGAUAAAAAUGAGGAGUAUAGGGAGUCAAAAUGUGCUGGUCUGACAGCAUAUCCUUUGGAAGCAAUAAAUCUAAGCAAAGUAGAAACUCCUUUAGAGACCAAACUUUCAGAAUUGCUUCUUUCUGACAGAGAUAAGGAGGCUAAAUCCCCAUCCCCCAGGAGUGAGGCAUUCAGUGACCCUGUCCAUUGUGAGGUUCAGACCUCCAACAGGUCACUGGAAGCAGCAGCAAAGAAAAGAGGUACUUGUGAAAAAAGCAAAAGGGUUGGAAAUGAACUCUUCAAACAGCCCAUGCUUCCAGAGGCUGCGGCUCCAUCGGACAAGCUUCCUAAUGAGCCGAAGGCAGCUCAUGAAACUAAAACAGUGUCCCCCAAUAAGUGCAUGGCUGUUGACUUUAGUACUUCAGAGGCAGGCUUGAAGAUCCCAACAGAUACCACAGAAAUUCCCGUUGCACCAUUAGUUGUACCAAACCCCAAGGAAGUUACUGCUUCGCAAAACAGAAAGGCUGAUAGUUUUUCAGAGCAGCCAUUUCUUCUGUUGGCCACGUCUGAUGCAACCAAACAUCCCACCUCCACUGAAGCAGUGGAAGGAAUGAUGGGAGCAGGUUCCCCUGAUAAAAACAAAGGGAAAGGAUUUAUUGCAUUAGAGCAGCAGGCUGGAAGAGAUCCAAAUAUUGCACAUGGGAUGGACAGACCUAAAAAAAAGCGUGGUGAAGGGAAAGUAAAAAAAAUCAAAAGCUUCUCCGAGCAGGUGAUGUUUUCAGAGGAUGUAAGCAAACUAACUGAUGGAGUGAGGAUAGAUGAGAAUAGAAAAGAUACAACUUACCCUGAUAAAGGUAGAGGUUUUGCUGCUAGAGGACAUCCGUCAGUAAGCAUUACACAUGCUUAUCCUGCAGACAAGCCCAAAAAAAGAGGUAGUGAUGGAAGAAGCAAAAAAGGUGAAAGAAGUUUUUUCCAGCAGCCUUUUCUUGAGAGCAAGAUGGACCCGAGUAGUUUUCCUGACAUAACUGAUAAAACUAAGGAGGUUAGUGUUAGUGAAAAAGGCAGAGAGAGGGUCUGGGUUACUGCUGAGUGUUUUCAGGAGAAUAUAUCAGAUAUAAGUAAAAUGCAAAGGCCAAUUGAACUGGGAACAGAGGAGCCUAAAGAAAAUGUUGGAAAAAAUGAAACAGCCAAUUUGGGUGCUUUAGACGAACCAUUCCUGCUGGAGAGUAGGAGAGAGGAGGCAAAGCAUCUUCCUAUGGCUGACACAAUCAACAAAACAGAAGAGGUAGAUUUGAUUAACAAAGGCAAGGAGGCUGGCAUUACUUCUGAAUCAGUGGUGAGGAAUUCUGAUGCAUUGCUGGUGGCAGACAAACCUAGAAAGAGGAGCAGUGAGGGGAAAAGAAAAAACCUGAAAAAGUCCUUUGAGGCAGGCAGAUCCCUGGGAUGCUGGGGUGGAAACAAGCAAUUUUUCAAGCAAAGAGAAAGUGGCUGGAAGCACAAAAGAAAUUACCUUUGACAAAGAUAGGGUACCUGGUUCCGAAAGAGAGCUUGAGCUGGACAAUCUGUCAGGUAUAACUGAAGAGGUGCUGGCAAAGCCUGAAAUACAGGGUGGUGGUAGAAAAAGUUUCGUAAAUCAGCCAGUUCUUGCAGGUCAUAAAAUAGAGACAUCAGAGCCAGAAACAGUCAACACUAAAGAAACUUGGCCUGUGAAUAAAGGUAAGGAAGUAGAUACAUCUGAGCCUCAGCCAGAGUGCAGGACAGAUGCAGCUGCGGCGCACAGUCUGACCAGGGGACUGGUGAUGGACAAGCCUAAGAAAAAAAGUAGAGAUGUGAAAGGCAAAAAGGAUGAAAAUAGUCUUGAGCACUCUGUACUGAGUCCAGGUGACAUCCCUGUGGUAGGUGAAGAGUUGGGAAACAUUAAACAAACUCAACCUUUUGAUAAAGGCAAAGAGACUAAUUCCAGUACCUUAGCCAGUCUGUUAGGUGACUUAACUGGUACUACUGAAGUACAAGCUCCUGCUGUAGCUCUGGAGCCAGAAAAAUCACGCACAAGUAGUAAAGAGAAAUGCAAAAAAAGACAGAGGCUAACCUUCAGCAUCCAUUCCUUCUGGAGCAUAAAGCAGGUGCAGAGAUGUUUCCUGCUCAUGAUGUGGAGAUAACCAACAAAUCUGAAGCAGGAAGUCCUCCUCCUUGCAGCAGUGGUGGGGAGCUGCCUAUCCUAGAGCACCCAGCAGUGGCAGAUCACACUGUGGCUGCAGUUACUGAUAGAUCUAAAAAGAGGGGUCAUGAUGGAAGUAGUAAAAAGGCUAAAAAUGCCUCUGAGCAGCCUGUUCUUCUAGAGACAAAACCCAAUAGGAGUGAAGUACAGCCUCCCAUGGGAUCUGAGGUGGCAUAUGGAAUGGAAGCCAUGGAUUUUGUAGAUGAAAAUAGAAAUAUUAAAAACUUCCCCAUUGGCCCUCAAAUGCUUUGGAAUAAUAAAGGAAGCGACUUUGAAUCGUUUGCUCAGACUGCAGGGGCUGCCCCUGAUAAUGCUGGCAGUGUUUCUUCUGGCUUCCCAAAGCAGACUGAUGAGGGUGCAAGAAGUAAGGGGCUUCCUGCUCUGGAAGCAAUAGCAGAGAAAAGCAGCAAAGAGCCUGGACCUGGUGCUAAGGAGGAGAUACAGACACAGAAAUCUUGUGAGCAGCCGAUCAAUCUGGGACACAAAGAGCCUGGAAAAGAGGUUUCAAAGAAAGAUGUUGAAACCAAAGAGGUUGGUUCCCAGGAUGGCAGUGAGGCAGGUAAAUCCCUUUCUUUCAAUCAGUCAGUUAAACAGGACAUUAAGUCAAAGAAGGACGAAGUUCCCCUUUCUCCUGUGGCAAAGGUGGAUGAUAAAGAAAGAACAACCACUGAUAAACAGCACAGCACUGACACCACUUCCUCAGGCCUUCCUCAGAAGGUGGCAGAUUCAGAUAGUAAACCAGCUCCUGUAAGUGCCAAAGGGACAGAGAAACUAGAGGUAACUGUCUCUUCUAGAGGGAAGGAUCUAGAACCUGUAGUGGUACCAGAGAGCAGAGCAGAAGCAGCCGUGUCACAGGUUGUGGCAGAAGCAUCGGUGGAGAGUAAAGCUGAAGAGCCUAAGCCGGAUGGAGGCAAGAAGAGUGAGCAGAGCUCACUAAAGUACUCGAGCAGUUUGGACAGUAAAGCGACAGAAACAGAAGCUGCUGGUUUAAAUCUGGCAGCUGUCCAAAUAAGCAAACUAAGUCCUGAAGAUAAUGAUAAAGGUCAUUCUCAGCCUGCAGAAGAGGAUGCUGCUCAGGGUGGGGAAGCUCACCUAAAGGAUGCCCUGGAAUUGAAGUCUGAAGUAGAUAAACCUCAAGACACAACUAAAGAAAAGGAAGGAGAGUGUGAACAAAAGUUGUGAAGGAGGCAAAGAAAGAGGGAGUUAAAGCAGCAGAACAGAUAAAAAGCUACAUGAGACCCACAAAGUCAAGAGGGGUGCCAGCUCUACCAGCCAGGUCUGCUGCGCCAGAGAGAGAGAAACAAAAGCAACUGAAACCCACUGGUAUGGGCCGGCAGAGGCAAGAAAAAGGUGUGUGUUUGCCAUUUGAGCUAGCAGCAGUAAUCCAGACGGCUUGCCUGCAAGAUCUUGCUGUUUGUCAGUGCGUUGGCAUGAAUACGUAACCGUUAAUCCUACGUGGCACAAGCAAGUGUGGCAUGACUGGGGUUUUGGCUGAUCUUAAAAGGCUGUUGGUUCUGCUUGCCUGUCUCACAGUGCUAAUCCCCAAAAUUCAAAGGAUUGACAGUUUAGUCUAAAUAUCAGAACUCUUGAUUUUUUUUUUUAAUUAUUCAGAUUUAAUUUUACAUAUAUAUUGUCAAAUAUUUAAGUAAACUUGUACUUUUUUGAUGUUAAGUUACAUCAGCUUCUUGUCAUCUGAGAGUGAAGGUGAUUAUCUGUGGUGCAGCAGUGAAUCACUGUGAUCACUGAACAGCACUGUAUGUCACUGGCAAGCAGGGAACCGAGUAUCUUGGUGGUAGGAAAUGUUCUCUAUCGGUGUCGUGUUGCAGGGUUUGGUUUUAAUCCUACCUCAGGCUAACUACAACCAUCUACUUUCCUCCUGCCAUUGGUUACGGACUGUAUCUUAAGCUACUUGAACUACUACAUCUACAAAAUGUGCUUCCUUCUAGAAUAAUAAUCUUUACUAAAGUGAAGUUGUAACAGAACAAUAGCAGGACUAAUACAAAUUGUAAGACUUUAUCUCUCUGUUGAGAUUACGAAUGGGCUGGUAAGUGUUUUGGACCAUUUACCCUGGCUGUUGUCCAGGGAAUGAGAUUCCUGUACUCACAGGAAAUGAGAUGGAAUUAAUUUCAUAGAAUUUAAUGAAGUUCAUAGGAAUUUUGAAGUGGGAAGCUAUAGUACAGAUAGAGAUGAAAUAAGAAAUAUUCUUGUACUUCUCAUUCUAAACCUUCCUCAGAAAGAACUGGCAUCUUCUUUGUGCAUUCCAGUCUGCUGAGAUGGGCUGGGGAAGUUUAUCCCUGCCCUUAGGUGCUCUUAGUUUUUUGCCUUGUCAUCAGGCGUGCAAGUUUGUUGCUGUUCUAUUUCCGUGGAGUUCCUUGCUGCCAGUUUGCAUGAUGCAGCCACUAACUUAACAAACAUAGAGCUCAAGUGCGCCUUAACAUGCUGGUCAGGUUUUUGAGAGGUUUUGUAAUUUUAAUGAGUGUUGUGUAACCUGAAGUAGUUCUAUUUUAGUGGAAGUGGUGUUCUCUGCAUGAACUUGUGCCUGCAGAAGUGAUGUUCUUUGGUGCAUGACGCUACAAAAUAAAGGGAAAGCUAAAGGCAGCAUCUUU